AUGGGUGUGAAGAAAUCAAUUAAGUGUGCUGCCAUUGUUUUGGGAGGUUGCUGUACAGUGUAUGUGUUCCUACUGAUAUGGGAGUUGUACUCAUUUACUGGUCGUAGAGGACGGAUGACCCUGGACAUGACCAUCAACGAUCGUAUGAUUGUGGACGAGAAACACAAGGAAGACAGUCAUGAAUAUUGGUAUUUUGUGGAUAAAACCGCCCUCUCGGAGGACAUCAGUGAAAAGUUUUUGCAAUAUCACAAAGAUGCAGAGACACAGGAAUUCCUCGGCAAAUGUAACGAGAAAGCAAACUGGGUUUUCACACAGAUUUAUUACUUACUGGCAGAUUGGCUAGGUAGCGGCCAUAUGUUUGUUCUCUCACGAGCACAGUUUAUGACCCUGCUGAAUAUCAAGGACAACUGGAUGGGUCAAUCAAUGAUUGAUCUAGGUGCUGGUGAUGGUACGGUCACAGAAAAAAUGUCGCCGUUCUUUCGGCAAGUGUUCGCCACUGACGCAUCAGGCCCUAUGGUGACAAGACUCAAAAGCAAAGGGUUCAGGUCGAGGACAUUGCGCGCCACGCCGCCGAAGGAGGCCGUGCCGAGAUCAGACCUAAGAAUACUGGACAUAGACAAGUGGAACAACGGUAGCCUGCAGUAUGACCUGGUCUCGUGUUUGAAUCUCCUGGACCGUGCUGAUAAGCCUGUCUCCAUUCUACAUUCCAUCAAACGGGUGCUCAAACCUGGCGGAAGGGUGCUGAUAGCGUUGGUGUUACCAUUCAGUUCCUUUGUGGAGUUUGGCUCCAAAGACAAUCUUCCGACAGAGACACUGAACAUUGAAGGCUCCACAUUUGAGGCCCAGUGUAACAGCUUUGUGAAAGACGUGGUUGAACCGGCUGGGUUUGUGCUGGAGAGGUUCACAAGAGUGCCGUACCUGUGUGAGGGGGACAUGCAGACCAGCUUCUAUGUACUGGACGAUGCAGUGUUUGUGUUAAGACAUAAAUAA